AUUCCGAUGCGAAAACAAAUUCAAUUCGAUUCCGAGGAAAGGCACAAAUACAAUUUUCAAUUUCAUUAUCAUUUCAAAUAUCAAAUUUCAUUCAUCACAAAACCCUGCUGCUGACACCGCCGUUCCUGAGCUGAAUUAUUCAUUUUAAAUCAACAGAAUUAAGUAAUUAAUAUAAAUACCCAAUAGUUCUAGAAUUGCGCACAGAUUUGUCUCAAUCUUAGCCCAAAAGAAUAACCUUAACUAUGAGCGGUGUUGUGGAUGAGUGUCUUCAAAAGCAAAUCGAUCUCUGGCUAAAAUGGGAUCGAAACGACAAGACCCGCAAGGAAAUCCAAUCCUUGGUCGACGCCAAGAACUACAACGAACUUAACCGGCGCCUUCUUAAUAGAUUGGCCUUUGGAACUGCCGGCUUACGUGGCCCCAUGCGAGCUGGUUUCAACUCUAUGAAUGACUUGGUUAUCAUUCAGACUGCUCAGGGAUUGAGUGAGUAUAUUCUGAAGGAGUUCCCCAAUGUGGAGGACCACAAGCGGGGCGUUGUCUUCGGCUACGAUGGGCGGUAUAAUAGUAAGCGUUUUGCUGAGUUAUCUGCGUGUGUCUUGAUUAGCCGGGGAAUCAAGGUUUGGUUGUUUAGCAAGAUGGUUCCGACACCUUUUGUGCCGUUCACAGUGCUCCAACACAAGUGCCUUGCUGGUGUGGUUGUGACUGCUUCCCACAACCCCAAAGAAGACAAUGGGUACAAAGUUUACUGGGCAAAUGGUCCUCAAAUCAUACCUCCACACGAUAAGGGCAUCCAGAAAUGCAUCGAAGCUAAUUUGGUGCCUCUGGAGUCAUCUUGGGAAACAUCGAUUUUGAAUGAGAAUCCAAUGUUGGAGGAUCCUUUUGAAGACAUGUUCCGAUUGUACUAUGAUGCCCUGUUGGCGAAUAUCCCUUUAGAGUUCCUGAAAUCAAACGAGGAGAGUGAUGUGAGAUUUGUCUACACAGCGAUGCAUGGAGUAGGCUUUCCUUUUAUAGAACGAGCUUUCGAGGCUGCGAAGCUGAAGCCUGUUUUGGCUGUUGCCGAACAGCGGGAUCCUGACCCAGAGUUCCCCACUGUGAAGUUCCCUAAUCCAGAGGAGGGAAAGUCCAGCCUGGAGUUGUCGAUUAAGAAAGCCGAUGCAGAAGGAGCCACCAUCAUCCUAGCCAAUGACCCAGACGCCGACCGUCUGGCAUGUGCUGAAAAAGAUGCCACCACCGGAAAGUGGAAGGUGUUCAAUGGAAAUGAGUUGGGUGCUCUCAUCGGCUGGUGGGCAUUGAAGAACUUCCAAACUCUUGAUCCCAAUUUGGAUGCCUCAAAGUGUUAUAUGAUGGCGAGUACAGUGAGUUCAAAGAUUCUGCGUUCUAUGGGAGCCAUUGAGGGCUACAAAUUCGAGGAGACCCUCACCGGCUUCAAGUGGAUGGGCAAUCGGACGAUUGAGCUGAUGGAAGCUGGUAACAAAGUUCUGUUCGCCUUCGAAGAAGCCAUCGGGUUCAUGGUGUCCACAGCAGUUCUCGACAAAGAUGGCGUCAGUGCUGCUGCUCAUCUCGCCACCAUGGUUUGCUAUCUCAAGCGCACCGAGGGAAUCACCCUCACUGAGAAAUUGAAGAACAUCUAUGAAAAGUAUGGCUUCCACAGUACCAAGUGCUCCUACCUCUUCUGCUACGAUCCACCGACCAUCAAGCGAAUCUUCGCUCGCAUCCGCAGCUUCGACAACGGCAAGCCAGCCACUUACCCACAAUCUAUUCUGGAUGGCGAAUUCAAGAUCAAACACAUCCGUGACCUGACCAACGGCGUGGAUACCUCAGAAGCUGAUGGCAAAGCUAAAUUGCCAGUAAGUUCAAGUUCCGAGAUGAUAACGUUCACUUUCGAGAAUGGACUUGUGGUCACUCUGCGAACGAGUGGAACCGAACCAAAGAUCAAGUAUUACGCAGAGAUGUGUGCCAAACCCGAGGAAAAGGACUGGGCGGAGUUGGGAAGACGAUUGGAUCGUAUGGUUGAAGCUAUUGUCGAGGAGUUCCUACAGCCUAAGCUAAAUGAUUUGACACCGAAGUCGGAUUGAGGUGGUUGCUUGGAAUUUUUGAUGUCCAUCAGUGCCCAGAAGACGCAUAAAACUUAACAAGCAUGUACCUAUCUUUGUACUUAAGUUUUAUUUUUUUGAAAUACCAUUCCUCAAAGUUGUGAUGAUGUAUUGUACUAUCCCAAAAAAGUCCCUACUGCCCUCCUGUCCCAUUCCUUGAUUUUUGUUUAUGUUGAGAUGAUUUUUGUGCUUUUGUUUAUAUUAUUGAACUUGUAAAAGCUUUUGAAUUAUUUGUAUUGUUUUUUAAUUUUAUUUAUAAAAACAAAUUAGAUUAAAAUGUUGUGUGAAAUAAAGUUUGAUUUUUAUUAUAAUUAAA